AAUUAUGACUGGGCAUUUUAUGUCAAAUGAGAAAUUGUGGCUAGAAAUGGUUACGAUAUAAUCCCUUCACUCUGCAAAUCAUAACUGCUUUUGCUUAACUGACAACAAAGGGUAAUGGAACUCUCUCUCCUUCAUCAUCCACUCAAGCCCAUCUUCUCCUACCACUCUCUCUCGUCUUCUUCGACAAAGAGACGCUCUUACACGAAUACGACGUCGUCGUGUUGCCGCUGUUCAUCGCCAUCUUCGGAGACCUCUGUCCAGAAAUUGCAUUUGGAGGGGCGGAGGGCGCUGCUGAGCUCUCUUCUUGCUGCAACUGCUGGGAUUUCGUUAUGUGAAGCAGCUGGUGCAGUGAGCACAAGUAGAAGAGCUCUGAGAGGAGCAAAAGUUCCUGAAAGUGAAUUCAAAACCCUCCCAAAUGGUCUGAAGUACUAUGAUUUGAAGGUGGGAGACGGACUCGAAGCUGUCAAGGGAUCUCGGGUUGCAGUGCAUUACGUAGCCAAGUGGAAAGGCAUCACGUUUAUGACGAGCAGACAAGGCAUGGGAGUUGGUGGUGGAACGCCGUAUGGAUUUGAUGUUGGUCAAUCCGAGAGAGGAGCGGUUCUUAAAGGAUUGGACUUGGGAGUUGAAGGCAUGCGUGUCGGUGGCCAGAGACUGCUGAUUGUACCUCCGGAGCUAGCAUAUGGAAGUAAGGGUGUGCAGGAAAUUCCUCCCAAUGCAACCAUUGAGAGUUGUUGGCGAUCAAACAGAACCCGUUCGGGUCGGCCGUUAAGAUUGUUGAAGGAUGAUUUCACUAUCAAUGGAUACUCGGAUUUUAAUCUUCGUUUUCAUGUCUAUUCAUCUACUCUUGAUUCUUGCAGAGUAUACAUGAGAAUGUAAUAGAUAUUCGUAUCUAAAAAGUGUGGAUGAAAUUCGAUCGUAUAAAUGUCGCUCACAAUCGAUUCAUUGUUCAACUGAUAUUAUCGAGUUCAAAGAAAACAAGUAGCACAUUAACUGCAA